AUGAGCCAAACUAAAAUUCCAGGGAUCUCAGCUCAUAAAAGGCCAUUAGCGACGGCUGAAAGGUCGAGAAUCCCUGCCAAAAGGUCACACGUUUUGGAAGACGUUACCAACACCACUGCGUUUCCAGCAUAUCGCAGACACAACAAGCCAAAGGCAACUUCAAUGUCGUCGACGGAGGUUGCAGAUCCGAACACUCGGCUCAUGAAUCGUUAUUACUAUGGCGAUCCGGGAGUCAUAGAAGAGGUCAAAAAGCGGGAACGGAAGAUAGCACGCGACAUUCAGCAUUUUCGCAAAUCCAUAGCUGAAAUUGAAACAGAGACAAAGCUGAUUCGAGAGAGAAGCCUGCCCGACUUAAAUUACGAGAUUUCUAAGAAAAGGGUUCUGUGUGGCGAGCUGCGCAAAGAUCUCAUUCAACUAACUGCGGAUUUGGACGAGAAGACCAAUGAAUCUCACAACGUGCAAUCGAACUGGGAACUUGAAGUCCAGCAUCUUCGAUUAGAGCAGCAGAUUGCCGUCCAAGAGACUCAAAAUAAGCUGAAUAAAGAGCUGGGAGAAGUCAAGGCACAGUGGGAGACCAAACUGCGAGAAAUGGAAAACUAUAGGCCCAGCUUUGAAGACCUUCAGGAGCUCGAAGGGUUGAAAGUGGAAAAGCAACAACAUGAAAAAGAACUCAGGGCUUUGACCAUAAAGAAUGAGGAAGCAUGCCGCUUGAGAAAUCAAGAGCUGGAUGAGAAGCUGGAACAUAUUUUGUUCAGCAAAAAAGAGCCAUUAGAGGACUUGAAAUGUAAAAAUGACGUUGUUCGCCGUGAGAAGUCAAAUGUUGAAAGCCAGACGGAGGCCGUCAAAUUGAAAAUUGCCCAGCAUAACGAACGGGGUGCUGAAUUAGCGAGGCAAAUUUCACACAUUCACCAGCUUGUUAACGAAUGCAUUACGAGCUCAUCUCCCUUGAAAGAUGCGAAAAUCAAAGCGGAUGCAGAUUAUCUAGAAACAAAAUCAAUUACCGACGCUAUUCAGAUGGAAGCCCUCAAAGUCGAAGCCAAAUACAACGCCGAGUUCAAUAAAAUGGAAAAGGAGCAGGUAAGGAGAAGAACUAUGGAAAAUGCCAUCGACGAAUUGAAGGGUAAAAUACGUUGUUUUGCAUACGUCGGCGACACUGCACCAAACAGCCUCGAAGUUGAUUUUUCACAAAAGAGUAUUUCACUUAAAGAUUCAGAACCAUGCUUCUUCAACAGAAUUUUACCUUGUAAGCUAAUAUCGGAAGAAGACUUGGUGAAGCAAGAAUGCCAAGCCUUCUUUGACAUGUGCCUAGAGAAACGCCUGAACUUCAACAUAAUCUCACUCCCUACUCCAAAGCAAUCUUUCAUAAGGGACAGCGCCCUUACCUACCUCCUGAAGAGCGGCAGGUAUCAAUUGAAAACUCAAUAUGUUGCGCUUUCCGAGGCAGCGGUAUCAUCAGACUUAUUUCAGAAGGGAGAAAGCGAGCCCGACACAGAAAUUCAGCUCACCAUCAAGACUGACGCUAUUGAAAUGAAUUCAGCUACAGUCGAAAUGAAGACUGCGGAAGACAUUAAAGCCGAUUUUAAGGGCCUUCAAACUCAAGUGGGUUGCGACAAAAUUGGAAUUGUGAAAGCCGAGGUCUGGGAUGAUAACGAAAAGUGUUGCGACAGCUAUUAUCUUGAGAUUAACGACAUGGAAACAAUUCAAAGGAUGAGUAACCUCUUUUGCACUGACCACGGCACAGGCACACCAAUUAGCAUAAUUUUACAAACCCUUAUGUCGAAGACUAAGUCGCUCGUCCUCUUCAACCUAAUCGAUGAUUGCGCCUCGACUACAGGAACAAUAUUAAAUGCGGCUAGACGCAUCAGCCAGAUUGACGCCCCGCGAACAUAUGUUGCAAGUGAAAAGUCCCGAUAG